CAGAAGGAGCUCGGAAAGACAAAAAACUAUUUUGGUUUCUCCACCACUCUCUGUUUCUCCCGUGGGCUUCAUCCUCUCUUUCUAGAACUACAGGACGAAGCGGGAGAACUGGACGAAGUUUGCUAGGGUUUACCGAGAUCUAUAGUUUGUGGAGUUGGGGCGAGGUUGGGAGGGAUCUUGGUCUGUGAAACAGUGCGUUUGAGGGAAGAAAAAGGUGGAGGAGAGGAGGAGCAGGAGAGCAUGGAUUCGGUCCCUUCGAACUCACAUGGGAACCUGGACGAGCAGAUUUCGCAGCUCAUGCAGUGCAAGCCCUUGUCCGAGCAAGAGGUACGGGUGCUGUGUGAUAAAGCUAAGGAGAUAUUAAUGGAAGAAAGCAAUGUCCAGCCCGUUAAAAGCCCUGUUACAAUUUGUGGUGAUAUUCAUGGGCAAUUCCAUGAUCUUGCGGAGCUUUUUCGCAUUGGAGGGAAGUGUCCCGAUACAAAUUACUUGUUCAUGGGAGAUUAUGUUGAUCGUGGCUACUAUUCAGUCGAAACUGUCACUCUUCUGGUGGCCUUAAAAGUGCGUUAUCCCCAUCGGAUUACUAUUCUAAGAGGAAAUCAUGAAAGCCGCCAGAUUACUCAAGUCUAUGGCUUCUAUGAUGAGUGCCUUCGAAAGUAUGGUAAUGCCAAUGUUUGGAAGAUCUUUACAGAUUUGUUUGACUAUUUCCCGCUAACAGCAUUGGUUGAAUCUGAAAUAUUUUGUCUGCAUGGUGGAUUGUCCCCUUCCAUAGAGACCCUAGAUAACAUUCGUAACUUUGACCGCGUUCAAGAAGUUCCUCACGAGGGACCUAUGUGCGAUCUAUUAUGGUCUGACCCAGAUGAUCGCUGUGGUUGGGGUAUCUCUCCCAGGGGUGCUGGAUACACCUUUGGCCAGGACAUAUCUGAGCAGUUCAACCAUACUAAUAACCUAAAGCUGAUUGCUAGAGCUCAUCAGUUGGUUAUGGAAGGAUAUAAUUGGGGUCAUGAACAAAAAGUGGUUACCAUAUUUAGUGCCCCUAAUUAUUGUUAUCGCUGUGGAAACAUGGCAUCUAUCCUGGAAGUUGAUGACUGCAAGGGCCACACAUUCAUUCAGUUUGAGCCUGCUCCAAGGAGGGGGGAGCCUGAUGUGACGAGAAGAACACCAGAUUACUUCCUAUGAUGCAGCAGUAAAUUAGUUGCUGAAUUGGAAGCGGCUAGUGGCUAGCUGUUUCACGAUGAGGGCGUCUAUGAGAUUUAAACGUUCAUAAUUUUGCUAUAGUGGUGGUUGAGUGGUGAAAAAGUAUGUAAAAUGUGCAGGUGGGGGGGUGGGCUUACUGUGACUUCUUAUUCGAGUAUGCUCAAUUUCCGGAGAGGAAGGAGCAGAACUGGCGACACUAUAGGAGCUCAUGUGUACCAAUUCCAUCGAACAAAAUUGGCAUCUUUUUUAUUUCUUAGCUCUGAUUUUCCCUCUUUUUUUCCUUAUUUUCCUCCACUUCUAUGUAGAUGGAUGGAUGGAUGGUUUUUGGUCGGGGUUCUGUAGAGGGACGAUGUGUAAUUUUUUCUUAUAAUGGGUGCAUUUAUAA